CGCAGUGCUUCGAAGAGUGGUGAUCCGCAAGAAAGUCGGGAUUGAGUUUUCUUCGGCAUUUUUCAUAGUUUUUCUGACGGAAAAUUCUACCGAAAACCGCUACAGUUGCCGUUUUCACACGCGUUCAGUGUCUGAACAUAACGACGGUUCCGAUUUGGGGUGCAAACAUCCGUGCAGACUCCGGAAAGAACCGAUUUUGCUGUCGAGGACCGCGGCUGCGAAAAAAAUUAGGAACGGCAUCGCCACAGCCAGGAGGAGGAAAGUGUGGUUGGUUAGUGUGUGCGUGUGUGUGAGUGUUUGGCAAUCCAACAGAUCCCCAUCACACAGGCACAUCUCGCUCGCUCGUUCAGGCAAGAAGGAAGAUCGCUUAUUCGUGUCGUCGCAGAAAGUAGUGUGAAAAACGACGGAGAACAGGCGGCGCAGUCCCGGUUUCGUGAAACAACACAGAAAGGGGAGCAAGUCACAGUCGGCGGAAGAAAAACCUGAAAUUUUUCUACACACGGCAGAACAAUCGUCCGGAUUCGUCUCGAUUCGCUUUUCCAAUCAACCGAAAAGGCUGAAAAUCAACUGUUGGUAGUUCUUGGGAAAUGGUAAUGGAAGCACAACCUUCACCGCAAAGCGUUGGCCGCGAGUUCGUGCGCCAAUAUUACACCCUGCUGAACAAGGCGCCGGAUCACCUGCACCGUUUCUACAACAACUCGUCGAGCUUCGUCCAUGGCGGUUUGGACACGAAAAACCAAGAAGCCACGCUGGUGAUCGGCCAGAAGCAGAUCCAUAACAAGAUCCAGCAGUUGAACUUUCGCGAUUGUCAUGCCAAGAUCAGCCAGGUGGAUUCGCAGGCUACCCUUGGCAACGGUGUGGUUGUUCAGGUGACCGGCGAGCUGUCCAACGAUGGUCAACCGAUGCGCCGUUUCACGCAAACCUUCGUGCUGGCCGCCCAAUCGCCGAAGAAGUAUUACGUCCAUAAUGAUAUCUUCCGCUAUCAGGACAUUUACUCCGACGACGAGCUUGAUGAGAACGAACGGUCUGGAGAGGAGGACGGUGGCGAGGUUGAUGCCAACAAUGCCGUAGUUGUUGAUCAGCAGCAGUCGGUUCAGGGGAACACUGUUGCUUCUGCUGGUGGCGUAGCUCCUGGUCUGGGACAGACUCAGCAGCAGCCGCAACAACCUCAGCAGCAGCAACAGCAGCUGUACUAUCCCCCGGGAGUUAUGAGUGCUGCUCCGACCGGAAUCAUCCCGAGCUACGGUCAACCGCAGCCGGCUCAACAAUCGCAACAACCCCAGCAAACGCAGCAACCGCAGCAACAACAACUGAAUGGAGUUCAUGACGAUCUGUUGAAAACCGUGCCGACUCAGACUACUUCCCAGCUGAUGCAAUCUUCGGUUGCUCCGCAAAAUCCGACCGCUGUCAUGCAACAGGUUCCAAGUGUCGCUACCGGUAUGCCAACCGUUGAUCCGAUCCAGCAUCUGACCCAGCAACAACAAGUGGUCCAACCUCAGCAAUCAGCCCCUCAACAAACACUGCAGCAGCCCCAACAAAUGCAACAACCCUCCACCAUUCCGCAGCAGACUGUUUCCCAGCAACCUCAGCCAACCCCAAUCGCCGAACCGGAACCGAUUCCAAGCUCUCUGUCGAUGAACGAACUGGACUCUGCUUUGCCCUCGAUGAACGACCCAACCCCGGCGGAAGCUAGCGAUUCCCAUGACCACCACCACCAUCAUCACCACCAUGGCCAGUCGGACCAUCUGAACGAACAACCACAGUCCCUGUCGCAGCAGCAACCGUUGUCCAACGAACCGAAGACGUACGCCAAUUUGGUGAAAUCCGGCGGUGUUGGCGGUGGUCCCGGACCGUUGAGCUUCGCUUCCGUUUCAUCCCAUCACCACCAGCAGCAGCAGCAGUCUCAUCACCAGUCGCAGGGCUACAGCAACGUGACAGCCGGGCGGCCAUCCGUGAUGUCCCCGCCGCCGUCGUCCUCGCUGCAGAGCUCCAGUUCCAACAAUGGUGGCCCCACCAAUACCGUAUCUUCUACCGGUGGUGGGCUGGGUGGCAAGUACGAUCGCGGCCAACAGCAACAGUCAUCACAGCAGCAGCAACAGCAGGACCAGAGCGGCGUCGGCGGCGGCAUGGGUCAGGGACCGAUGCCACAGCGGAUGCAGAACCAGCAGCGACCGAUCCGAGGCAAUGGUGGCCCAACCAGUGGUGGUGGACAGAGCUCGCUCAGACCGCAGGAUAGCCGACCCAGCUAUCAGAGGAGCUACAACAGCGAUGGUGAAGAUCGUCGCCAGCAGAGCGGCUCCCAGUUCGGAGACAACCACCAGCUUUUCCUGGGCAACAUUCCGCACCAUGCCACCGAAGAGGAGCUGUCGGUGCUGUUCUCCAAGUACGGCACCGUGGUGGAUCUGCGCAUCCACUCGAAGCCAGGAGCAAAGGUUCCGGGAGUGCGUGCCCCUCCGAACUACGGCUUCAUUACCUACGAGGAUCCCUCUUCGGUUCAGAGCUGCCUAGCGGAUACGCCUCUGUUCUUCCCGGAUAACUCCCCGGACGGUCAGAAGUUGAAUGUGGAGGAAAAGAAGACCCGGAUGCGCGGUCCCGGUGAGACGGGUGGCCGCAUGGGCGGCAGCAAUCUCGGCGGAAAUGGAAGCGGAUCACGAGGCGGCCCUGGUGGCCCGGGAGGUCAACAGCGUGGAGGCCCUGGUGGCCCCCAGGGGAACAUGAACCGGGGCGGUUCGGGACAGCGCGGCCUGGGCGGAGUCGGUGCCGGCGGUGGCGGUAGCGGUCGCGGCGGAUACCAGCGAUCGGAUCGGAGCAGCGUGACCGGAGGCGGUCAGCGAUCUGGAAACGGAAACUACCAUCCAUCAAAUCGCUAAAUCCGGUUAAAGUUCAGCAACGUACAUAAGCAGCAUACCUAAUAGACACACAUACACACCCACAAGCGUGCACAUCAUGUGUUGAACGCACUCUAGGAAGCAGCGUGUCCCGUGUCAGUAAAUAAACAUAAUAAUAGUAACUAUAGAAUAACAGGAUCAAUAAUUCAACACAAUUAAAACUACAAUUAUAGCAACAGCUACCCUUUCUACUGCUGCUAUUUAGUACAACGCAGCAGUAAGAAGGAAUCAAACAAGCAUCCAUUGUGUGAAUAUACAUAUAUCUUAUGUGAAACGUAACUGUAAUAAUUGAAUAUUUCACCACGCCGUAAGAGCAUAAAACGUAAAGUAAGUCAACUAACACUAAAAUUGACUUUGAAAUUGGUUUGAUAGAGAAACAUGAGAAGAAUAUCAAAAAGAAAACACUGCGAAGCUAGACUCAAAUCCAACAGACAGUGACUCAAAUGCAAUAGUUUUCUUCUAGCAUCAUGCAAACAAUGAAAUGCGAGUUUUUGAGUUGGAUGUUUUUCACACUUUAGAAAGCAAAAGAAUAUUUCUUUUUGCGAAAGGAACAGUAAACUGCUGACUGGCAGAUAGGUCUUUUUAAUGAAUUAACAAGGAAAUUGCUUUAAACAAAUCCUAUAAUUAGGCUUACUCACGCCACAAAACAACUAGACGUGGGUAGAACAAUAGAGGAAAAGAAAACAAUAAAAUACUUUAAAAAAACGUUUUCACACAUUUUUUAUUUAUCAGUGAAAGCGGAUAAGGAACACCGAUCAGGGGCACAUUUUAAGGUGAAAGGUUAGAUACAGUACCCAACAACAAGUUUAGAUACCUAUUCGAAGGAACAUAAUGCCAAACAUACUAUAUGCUAAUAAACAAACGCUUUCAUUUUGGCAGGGUUGAUAGAUAUCAGGGCUUGAUAUACAUCAUCACACUGGUGUCGAUAGCAUUUCAUAACAGAUUUCAGUUCCUGAUAUAUGGCAACUCUGCCAAAAGGCUAUAUAGAGACCAACAUUUCCUGUCUUCUUCCACAUUGUGUGUCAUUUUUUCUUCUUAUUUUCAAGGAUACCUACCUUCCACCAAGGUGCUCACUGUGUGCGCUCCUGUUUGUAAAAGAGGAUCUCUAGAAGCUUUUAACGGAAAAUAAUAGAAGAAAAGCGUAAUAAGAACAAAUGAGAUUGAAGUAGAAAAGCAGAAAAUGUCUAGUUUAUUUUUUUCCCAUUUGCUGGACACGUUGUUUAGUCCUAAAAUAUAUUUUACGGAAACUAUCAUAACAAAUUAGUAUUGUUUUGUCGAUGAACGAAAGAGUGAACGUAGUUACAAUGUAUGCUAAACUUACUUAAGACUUCUUAAGGUAAAACAAAAAGAUUAAAAAAAAAAACAAACAAAAAAUGCAAUUAGAUCAGAGUAAGUAAUUGAGGGCGAGUAAAACAGAAAAUCACCUACUGAAUACAAACACAUACACACAUUGCUAAGCAAGUUCUCACAGCAACAAAAAAAGAAGUGAAAGAAACUGUAGUAAAACCAAUUUUAGAUAGAAAACUGUUCACAUAAUUUUUAAAUGUGCAGGAGUUUGUUUGACUAUGAUUUUACCUAGAGCGAGCGUUUUUUUAUUUAUAAUUCAACAACCAUAGGUAACACUUUGAUAAUUCAAUAUCACUAAACAAACAAGAAAACAACAAAAGAACGAACUGCACUACAGUUUUGAAAACAGAAGGAAUUAGAUACGCCAUUUGAGUAUCGUUUUCGUGUUUUGUGAAACUCUAAAUUAAUAACUGCUGAACAA